UCCGGUAGAUAAAGGAGAGCCUCACCAGUCAGAGAGGGAGAAAUUGACGAACGAGAAACGGAGAUUCCUUCGGACCGAUUCACAUUCACUCGAUAAAAUGGAAGGACAAGAUUCAGGAGAUACUAAGCAAAGCACUGCUGACAUGACACAGUUUGUUCAAACCCUUCUUCAGCAGAUGCAAAGCAGAUUUCAGACGAUGUCAGACUCGAUUGUUACAAAGAUUGAUGAGAUGGGAGAACGUAUAAACGAGCUGGAGCAGAGUAUCAAUGACCUUAGAACAGAGAUGGGGGCGGAGGGCUCUCCAUCUCCUUUGUCUACUUCCAAGAAACCCGAUGAACCAAAGCCAGAUGAAGGUUCUGCUUAGCACUUUGAUUUAAAUAUACUCCUAUUCGUGAACUGAGAUUUGUUGGUAUGUUUCCGUUUAACUUCUAUUUUCUUCUGCAUAUCCUUAUGCUACCGUUGACUCCACCAUCGUUCUCGUGGCAAUUGGUUAUAUUCACAUAUGAAUGUUACUGAUUUUGGGUCCGUAUUAACCAUUUUCUGAUUUGCU